AUGUCACUUCAAUCAUUUGAUCAAUCAAUAUCAAUAAAUUUAAAAGUAACAACAUUAUUGGAUCAAGUGAUAACAGGUUCAAUAUAUACAUACUCAUCAUCUAAUGAAAUUUUAGUUUUAAGAAUAAAUAGAAAUGAUCAAAAAGACCAGAAAGACCAAAAAGACCAAAAUCAAGAAGAUUCAAACAAAAUACAUACUUAUAGAAUAAUUAAUACAUCAUUUAUAAAAAGUAUACAAGUAUUACCACCAUUUCCGAACAAAAUCAAUAACAAUAAAAAAAGUAACCAAAAACAUGAAAAGGAUAAAGUCAAUUUACAACCUAUUAAUAUAGAUGAUCUAAAACAAAUUUUGAAACAUCAAAUCAAAAAUUACAAACCUACAUCAACUCACCAAGAAAAUUCUUCUCCAUCAUCUGUACAACAAAAAUCAUCACAAUCUAUUUCAUCACCACAAAAGCAUCCACAACAUAAUGAUAACACUACAACAACUGCCACAACUGAUCCAAGCAAAACAAAUACUCAACAUAAUAUUACAACAACAACUAAUACCAAAACUGCGAAAUCAUCUUCUCCACAUCCACAAUCAAAUAAUCAAACAAUAGCAUUAAAAUUAAAUAAAAAAUUUAAAGAAAAAUUUGGAGAUAAAAAUGUAAAAAUUAAUCCUAAACAAACUGAAAUUACCAUCUUCAAAGAUAUCAAAAUAACAAAACCUUUUACAAACACUUCUAAAAAUAUUUUAAUCCUUAAUAAAAGUUCAAAACAUUUAAUACCAUUUCAAAAAAUCUUGAAACAAUUUUGGUUAGAUAUUGAUAAUGAAAAAAAAGGUGGUUAA